AUGGGGAGGCGGGCUGGAGAGCCCGUGGCUGAAUGUAAGCGCCGAUUUUCUGCGACCUGCUGUUGCUCCGAAGACGGAAAGCAGCGACGAGGCACUCACGACGUUCUGAACGAUGACUUUGGCUUGCUGGACACGACUCAACGGCGACAAGCAGACUCGACAGCGACUGGCAGAUUCACGGUGACAGGAACAAUCAAUGACGACGGCAACAGGAACAUUCUGCAAUUCAUUUUUUAG